CAACAAGUUCCCAGAAACGAGGGUAUCUGAGGAACAGGACGACCUGGGGAACCCUAAAAGCCCAAGGCCUGAGGAGGUCCCUUGGCCAUGAACCAGCCGGCCCCUGGGGCCUCCCUGCCCCCCCGCCGUGUGCGACUAAAGCCCUGGCUGGUGGCCCAGGUGAACAGCUGCCAGUACCCAGGGCUCCAUUGGAUCAAUGGGGAAAGAAAGUUCUUCUGCAUCCCAUGGCGCCAUGCCACUAGGCAUGGCCCUAGCCAGGACGGGGACAACACCAUCUUUAAGGCUUGGGCCCAGGAGACAGGGAAAUACACGGAAGGGGUGGAUGAGGCAGACCCAGCCAAGUGGAAGGCCAACCUGCGCUGUGCUCUGAACAAAAGCCGCGACUUCCGCCUCUUCUAUGAUGGACCCCGAGAUAUGCCACCGCAGCCCUACAAGAUCUAUGAGGUCUGCUCCAAUGGCCCCACCUCCACAGAGUCCCAGCCCAAUGAGGAUUACACAUUCGCUGCAGGCGAGGAAGAGGAGGAGGAGGAUGAGGAAGAGCUCCAGAGGAUGUUACCAGGCCUGAGCCUUACAGAAACAGCUCCUCCAGCACCCAGCAUGGCACCCUACCCUUUGCCCAAAGAGGACGUCAAAUGGGUGCCCAAUCUGCAGCCCCCUGCAGUGUUGGGCGCCCCUGCCACAGAACCCACUCUCCUGCCGCCUGUCCCUGGAAAUGCUGCUGACUUUGGGAACCUGCCCCCUCAGGCCUUGCAAGACCUGGGGGCUGGGCCUCUGACUCCCACCCUGCCCUUGGUAGAUGAACAGCUGCUGCCCAACCUGCUGAUCAACCCCCACAUGCUGCCACUGACCGAUCUGGAGAUCAAGUUCCAGUACCGCGGGCGGCCGCCCUGUGCCCUCACCAUCAGCAACCCCCAUGGCUGCCGGCUCUUCUACAGUCAGCUGCAGGCCACGCAGGCACAGGAAGAGCUCUUUGGGCCUGUGAGCCUGGAGCAAGUGCGCUUCCCCAGCCCCGAGGACAUCCCCAGCGACAAGCAGCGUUUCUAUACCAACCAGCUGCUGGACGUCCUGGACCGCGGCCUCAUCCUACAACUGCUGGGCCAGGACCUGUACGCCGUGCGCCUGUGCCAGUGCAAGGUGUUCUGGAGCGGCCCGUGUGCCACCGCCCAGAGUGCCCAGCCCAAUCCCAUCCAGCGCGAGGUCCAGACCAAGCUCUUCAGUUUGGAGCAGUUUCUCCAUGAGCUUAUCCUGUUCCAGAAGGGCCAGACCCACAGCCCGCCACCCUUUGAGAUCUUCUUCUGCUUCGGGGAGGAGUGGCCGGAUCGCAAACCCCGAGAGAAGAAACUCAUCACAGUACAGGUGGUGCCUGUGGCAGCCCGGUUGCUGCUGGAGAUGUUCUCAGGGGAGCUUUCCUGGUCAGCUGACAGUAUCCGGCUCCAGAUCUCACACCCAGACCUCAAAGACCGCAUGGUGGAGCAGUUCAAGGAGCUCCAUCACCUCUGGCAGGCCCAGCAGCAGCCGCCACUUCCGGCUGCCCAGGUCCCUCCGGGGCUGCCUCUGGGAACACAUCCAGGCCCCUGGCCCCUGCACGCUGUGGGCAUGCAGCAAUGAGGCCCUGGCUCUCUGGGGACCACAUGUGGUAGACAAGCAACUUUCCUCUACGUCUCUGGAAGUGGACCAAGAAGAGAGAGGAGGGGCC